AUGUGGAUACUAAUUGGAGUACUGUGCCUUAUAUCCGCUGUCGACCUCCAAGAGGCGACAGAAGGUGAAUGUUGUGAGGAGUCGGUCCCAGAAUUAGACCUCACUCAGCACCUGGAGCUAGAAGAGCUAUGCCCUGAGCUGAAUGGCCAGAUUAUCGGUGGACGUUCCAGUUCUAUAGUCAGACAUCCUUACCAGGUGUCAAUGGUGUUGAAUGGAAAUUCUUUCUGCGGUGGGUUUAUAAUUAGCCCGAAUUAUGUGUUGACGGCAGCACAUUGUGUGCAAAACGUUCAACCCUCUGGUGUCCGCCUGCGCGUGGGCAGUACGAGACGUGAUUCUGGUGGUCGGAUAGUUCGUGUAGCCAACGUCACCGUCCAUCCUCAAUAUGGCACUCCGCAAUUCGACCACGAUAUAGCCGCGCUGAGACUAGCUCAGCCGCUGACGUUCAACAACGCCAUUCAGCCCAUUCGACUGCCUCAGCAGGGUCAGGCUGUCCCAUUAGUCAGGCUAACUGUUACCGGAUGGGGUUUGACUGCUCCUCGUGGCCAGAGGAUUCCCCGAAUUAUGAUGGAGGCUAACGUGCCUGUGGUGCCGCACUGGCUGUGCCGUCUGUCGUACGGUGAUGCUUUGACUGGCAACAUGUUCUGCGGAGGUCAUUUCCUUAUUGGCGGUGUUUCUUCGUGUCAGGGUGACUCGGGCGGUCCGGCUGUAUUUCGAGGAACCGCUUUUGGCGUGGUCUCCUUCGCCAGGGGUUGUGCUUUGCCCCUAUCGCCGACUGUUUUCACGAACAUAGCUGCUCUGCGAGAUUGGGUGACGCAGAACACUGGAGUGUACGAAAUGUUUCUAAUUGGCUAUCAGUUCAAAGUGCUGUCGCCAAUAUUCACGAUUCACUGGGGCCUUCAACUCCGGCGCAACCGCCCCUUGUGGCGGGAAAAGCAAAACGAGAAAAACAGAAAACACUUCGAGGCGUUCAAGCGGGAACUCUUCGCGAGAUACAGGAAAGAUCCUCUGCACUUACUGCGCAAGAGUAUCCAAGCGAAGAAAACAUAG